UAGCUUGACGUGGGGAUUUGCGUGUGACUAGACUGGCGAUUACGGAAACAACUGCGUAGCCAGAAUCAAAUAAAUAAAGGAUUAAUAUCGAGUCACCACCUGUGUAAUCCCGUAACACUGUCCACAAUGUCCAGGCAAUCCAACCGAACGGCAGACAGCAAGAAGAUGAACUCAGAGCUGUUCACUUUGACCUACGGGGCCCUGGUCACCCAGCUUUGUAAAGACUAUGAGAACGAUGAGGAAGUCAAUAAACAGUUGGACAAGAUGGGUUAUAACAUCGGAGUGCGUCUGAUUGAGGACUUCCUGGCGCGCUCCAACAUCGGCAGGUGUCAGGAUUUCCGAGAAACGGCCGAUGUCAUCGCUAAGAUCGCAUUUAAGAUGUACCUCGGCGUCACCCCCAGUGUGACCAACUGGAGCCCAGCGGGAGAUGAGUUCUCCCUCAUCCUAGAGAAUAACCCCCUGGUAGACUUUGUGGAGCUGCCUGAUAACCACAGCACACUCAUCUACUCCAACCUGCUGUGCGGGGUCCUCAGAGGAGCCCUGGAGAUGGUCCAGAUGGCGGUGGAUGUGAAGUUUACCCAAGACACUCUUAGAGGAGACAAUGUAACGGAAAUCCGCAUGAAGUUCAUUAAGAGGAUCGAGGAAAACCUCCCAGCAGGAGACGAGUGAUUGAAGCAGUCUCAUUAGUUCCACAGAGUCACACAAUGAACAAUUAAACCAACCUAAAGGAGGGAGAAUAUAAUUCACACCGUCAUUAAGUCCUAACAGCCUAACUGAGGUUUACUUUCCUUGCGGCUUUGUGAGUUGGUGUGAUGAUACAGUGGGAGGUUACUCAUUAGAAAGGUCUGAAAUGAAUCAUGGCUGCAUGCUUCUCCUCUCUCCUAGGAUCUUCAUCUUCCCAUUUCUACCUUUAUUCUGGUAGAAAAACACACAAUUACAGAGCAUAUUUGACCAUAAAAAUAUAAAAACCUGUUUCAUUUGACACCGACCUGUUGUACAGUUUGAGGGAAAAUCUUUUUUGUAGGUCUGUGUCUGAGACGCUUAUCAACGUUGAGGAGAAGAUGAUUCCUCUGACCUUUUAUCUGUCACUAAUCCUCAUUUGAAAAGUUGUUGUCCAUGUCCUGUAUCUUGACAAACGUGUUUUCUUUUUUGGGGGGGGGGACAUGAGGCAGGAAAACCUUAUGCUGAAUGAUUUGCUUUUUUUUUUUCUUCUUUUCUCUUUUUUAAUGGAAUCACAUUCUGUAUUGCUGCCAAUUGUCUGGCAUGUUAAUUUAUGUAAAUGUGUAUGUCAAGUAAAAGCGACAUAUUUGA